AGGCACAGCAAAGCUUGUACAGUCCUAGUAAGAACAUCACUAGGAGGUCUUGCUUCCAAUAAAUUCAUUCAACAUGAAGGUUCUUAUUGUUUUUACCACCCUUUUGGCAAUUACACUCGCCAGCUAUCAACAUUAUCCAAUCAAUAUCCCAAUAAUUGGUAAAACUGGUGUUCCAUUGGAAUCUCCUGAAAUAGUUCAUGCUCGUCAAGCUCAUUUAGGUCAUGUAGCUGCAGUAAGAUCAAAACAAGGACAUUAUGAUUACUUAGGAGGCUAUGGAGGAUAUGCUGGUGGAUACGCUGGUGGAUACGCUGGUUUAGGAUACGGUGCUGGAUAUGGUGGUUUAGGAUACGGUGCCGGACAUUAUGCUGGUGGAUAUGCUUUACCUAUUAUUGGUAAAGGAGGAGUACCAAUUGAUACACCUGAAGUUCAAGCAGCCAGAGCAGCACACUUUGCAGCUCACGCCAAAGCAGCAUCUGGAUAUGGACACUACCGUAAACGCCGUAGCAUUGGUGGUUAUGCUGGUUACGGUGGUCUCUAUGGUGGACAUGGAGGAUAUUAUGGCGGAUAUCCAGCACUCGCUCAUGAUGGUCAACCAAUCAAAACACCUGAAGUUCAAGCUUUAGAACAUAAACAUUUCGCUGCACAUGCUGAAGCCCGUUCUCGUGUUGGUGCUGGAUACGGCGGAUAUGGAUACGGUGGCGCUUAUGGUGGUUACGGAGGUGGUUAUGGAGGAUACGGAGCUGGUGGUUAUGGAGGAUACGGUCAUGGAGGAUACGGUCAUGGAGGAUAUGGUUAUGGAGGAUACGGUCAUGGAGGAUACGGUCAUGGAAUUCACAUUCCAGUUAUUGGACCAAAAGGUGUACCAAUUGACACACCAGAAGUACAACAUGCCAGACAAGCACAUUUCGCUGCACUUGCUGAAGCCGCAUCAAGAGCAUCCCAUGGUGGUUACGGACGUUAUUAGGAACCUUCUAGGAUGAAUGAAUAGGCUGUCAUCUAAUUUCAUAACACUUUUAUCGUCGACCCAACUUUAUUUUUAGGAAUGGUUGCGUUUUCUAGCACUCGUUAAAUUUUUUAUUUUUGUUUGUUCAAGACUUUUUGUACUUUCAUUUUAUGUAUUAAACUAAACACGUUUUUACGAACAGCA